CUUUGUAUCACAUACAAAUUUCAACAAUGAAGUUCACACAUCUUUCAUUGAUUUGUCUUAUUUCAUUUGUCUUCUUUACAUAUGUUCAAUGUGACUUGGAUGAAGAAGAAACACCAAAACCUGUUUCACAUAGGAAACACCCAGUUUUAAGAAAAGUAUUUUUAAGUGCACCAUCAUGGAUGCAUAUACCAUUUUCUAUUGUUGGAGCGGCAUUAACAUACGUUGCCUACCAUUUUUAUGGUUAAAAUAUGAAGAAAGAUUGAUUCGUUUCGAAAGAGAAACUUCAAUAUCGAUUCAUUAAACUCUAUUCAAAUCAAAUGACAUAAAUUACGAAUAUAAUUCUUGUAACAAGAAAAGCUUCAUAGAGAAACAAUUGCGAUGAUAGUUCUUUCUUUUCUUCUUUUUGUUUUGUUUCUCUUCUAUCGUUUAUCGUGUGUUAUUUCAAAUUUAUGAUGACAAUUUUAUGUACGAAA